UUUAAGAUUGAGAACAAGUGACCAAACAAAAUUCUUCUUCUACAUGACAUGUUACAUGGUAUAGUUCGUUCCUGUCACCCCCUUUUUCACCUAAACCGCAGCAGCAGCAGCUUCAGAAUUCCACCAUCAAAAUCACUUUCCAACCUUUCUUCAUCUUCAACCCAUCAAUAUCCAAUGGUGUCUCUUCUUGUUGCAACAACAAUCGACCCGGCUUCAAUCAACCCAGCCAAUGCGCUGUUAGCAUUGCCAGGCUGGCAACCCGGACCCCAUUUUCAGGAUGAUAUGAAGAGUUUUGUGAAUCAAGGGUUGAGGGUUUUGCUUCAUGGGAAGAGUAUAGUGGUAGAAGAUUAUUUGGAUGAAAGGUGGGAAAAAGUUACUGGAGAGGUUGUUGAUGAAGUUAUCUUCUUAAGCAAACACACUGCUGCUUCUAAUAAACCUGCCCUCACUGUUCAUCCUAUUGGAGUUCCUCAUUUGCGUCAAGGUGACGUUCCACCUCAAGGUGGGAAACCAGGAUGGGCAGCACUGCCAAAUCCUAGGAUUGGACCUUGGAUUCGCCUUUUGAAAAAUAUUGCUCAGGCUCAUAAUCUAGUCCCUGAGUUUGAGAUUACUUUGGAGGCCACUCAUCAUGGACCUUUGACAAAUAAGCCAACCAUGUUUCUGGAGAUUGGUAGUACUGAAGACUAUUGGAAGAGACAAGACGCUGCUCAAGUUAUGGCUCAGUUAGUUUGGGAAGGACUUGGACUUGGAGGAGGGACUGAUGUUGGGAACUGGAGCAGGGCGAAUGAUAAGAAGAAAGUCCUUCUUGGGAUAGGCGGUGGACAUUAUGUGCCUAGGCAUAUGGAUGUAAUAAUGAAAGAUGAUGUUUGGGCCGGUCACCUACUUUCGGGAUAUUCAGUGCCAAUGGAAGAUCCAAAAGGAGAAACAAAUGUGGAGAUUGGAGGAACUUGGAAACAGUCUAUAAAAGCUGCAUAUGAGGCAACUAAAUCUGCUUUUCCUGGUGGCGAAAUUCUUGCACAUCUUGACCAAAAGAGCUUCAAAGGGUGGCAGAAGAAUGCCAUAACAGGAUUCCUUGCAGAGCAGAAUAUUAAAAUUGGAAAGCCGAAUAACUUCUAUUGAGUAUUGAUUUUAGAGGAUGAUAUCGUGAAUACUGAAUACGCAGAUUGCAGACAGAGGCAGACUGAGAUUUUUUGUAGACCAGAAUAGCACUAAAGUGAUUUUGUUAUGCAGUAAUUUAAAGAUGAUUUUUAAGAAAAACACAAGUUAUUUUGGUUUAAUUACAAUUAGAAAAAGUGAUUUUGUAUUUCUCUUUAUUAUAAAUAAUUUAGAGGUGUGGUAGAAUUUGGAGAAUUAUACUCUAGAUCAAUGUUGAAAAAUGUAUGACAGAUUAAUAUGAA